AUGGACGAGGAACGCGCCCACGGCGUGGUUGAAGGCGAGCGGUACGUGGAGCUAAACAUUCAGCAACCCCAGCACGCGCACUUCCAUCAGCUCCCGUCAACGCCCAUGUCGGUGGUCGAGGAGCAGCGGAAGGAGUGUCGCAGCCUCUCCCACCUGGGGAUCUUCAUGCCACUGUACCUGCUGCCGCUGCUGUUCCUAGGCCCCAAGUAUGGAGGCUGCCUAUAUUGCCUGCUCCUGCCGCUGCUGCUGUGGGCCUUCAACUUGCUGCCCAAGCCUGCCACAGCGCUUGUGCAUCUGGUCACCGUGCCGGUGCUGGGCCUCAUGGAUACAGAAGCGCGUCGCUCAACAAUACCUCGCAGCCGACGUCCUGACCAUGGUCCCGCUGCUAUUCCUGGUGGUGGUGAUGGACCGCUGGAGCGACGUGGUGCUGAGCACGGCGCAGGCAAUGUGCGCGCGCUUCGGCCUGCGUCGGGGACCGCUGUUCGCCGGUGCGUGUGCCUGCUCGUUCGCGUGUUCGUGGGUCUUCUCGAGUGCCGUCGCGUCGGUGGCGCUGCUGUACUUCCUGGACCGCGUGGUGACCACGACGUUCAGGGAGAACAUGGACCUAGCACAGGAAGGUGGCGCCCUCUGGUCACCGUCCCCGCACAGUGCAAAUGA